UUUAUCCUCCAAGGGGAAAAUCUCUUCUCAGUCUCCCUCGUUUCUCCUUACUCCGCUUUCGGUUCUCUGUAAUGGCUUCCACGAAUGCUCCAACCGCUCAAAUUACCAACUUACACUGUGUAAAUGACCGUAGAAGCCCUACUUGUUCCUCAAUAUCCAUCUGCAACAAGCUAAAGUCAAGCACAAUUCCAGUUGGUCUACCAAGUUUGUCUUGGCCUAGAAGGAGAUCUGGGCAUACACAGAAAUCUAUACAUGUUUAUAGUUUAUUUGGUGGAAAAAAGGAAAAUAAUGAGAAGAAUGAAGACACUCCAUCAAAGGCAGGAAUUUUAGGAAACAUGCAAAAUCUAUACGAAACUGUUAAGAAGGCUCAGAUGGUCGUACAAGUUGAAGCAGUGCGUGUACAAAAAGAACUUUCUGCAGCAGAAUUUGAUGGUUAUUGUGAAGGUGAGCUAAUAAAGGCAACACUAUCUGGAAACCAGCAACCAGUACGUACUGAGAUCACUGAGGCUGCAAUGGAAUUAGGAACAGAAAAGCUGUCUCUUUUAGUAACAGAGGCAUACAAAGAUGCCCACCAGAAGAGUGUUCAGGCAAUGAAGGAAAGGAUGAAUAACCUUGCACAAAGCUUAGGUGUGCCACAAGGCCUCGAAGGGCUAAAGUGAAGAUGGUAUUCCCUGAUGCUGUCGAUUGAUACAAUCUUCAAUUUUGUAUACCAGCUGAACCAGAAUGGUCAUUUGCAUUGUGAAUAUGCUGUUAGAAUCUUAUCUAUUUCAAUCUUGCCUAAUCAAGUGUCCCUAAAAGAACUGAGGCGAUACUGGUUUUGCAUGAUUCGUUCACAACUCAAGUUCUUGAUCCUAUCAAGGUAAUUUUAAUCUUGUAUCUCCUCA